UGCUGCCCUCUGCUGGAAAAGCCAGGCAUCCUCCCCGGCUGACUGCCAGCUUGCGCUGCUCCCUCCCAGCCUCGGGCCCCGCGUCCCCUGCUCCCCACAAGCACCCUCCUUCCAAGCAGCCUGCUCUCCUCUCCCAGACAAUCCGCUGUUUCUAUAGCGCUGCAAAACCCUCUGCAAAUGGGGUCGUGUUGCAAGGGUGAAGGCUGAAGAUAGCUUGGAAAAUAAAAAGCUCUUAUUUAAAAAAAAAAGUGGUCUCAUUGUAGAGGGGAAUGUGGAACAUUAUCUUUGUUAUCUGGAAAAAUAAAGACUUUUAUUAUUAAAAAAAAACCAACAAAACCAAAUGUGAUCUCAUUGUAAAGGUGAAUGUUGAAAAUUGUCUUUACAUGUAUUUUAAAAAAAUAAAAAACAUUAAAAAACCCAAAAAUGUAAACUCAUUGCAAAGGGGAAUGCUGAAAAUGAUCUUUAUGUGUCUAUGGAAAAAUUAAAAAAACUAUUAUUUAAAAAACAACAAGAAAUGUAAACUCAUUGCAAGAAUGAAUGCUGAAAAUGAUCUUGAAUGCAUUUUGAAAAUUAAGCUAUUAUUAUUUAAAAAACAAAAACAAAUGGGACCUCAUUAGAGAGGUGACUGUUGAAAAUGAUCUUUGCAUGUAUUUUGAAAAAUCAAAAACUUAUUAUUUAAAAAAACAAAUGUAAACUCAUUGCAAAGGGGAAUGCUGAAAUUACCUUGUAUGCAUUUUGAAAAAUAAAAAGCUAUUAUUUUUAAAAAUCAGCAAAAAGGCGAUCUCGUUGUAAAGGUGAAUGUUGAAAAUUAUUUCGAAAAAUAAAAGGCUAUUAUGGUUAUUUUAAAAAACAAAACCAAAACAAAUGCGAUCUCAUUGGACCCUCAAACAUUUGACCCUGGAAAGUCUACAAUUUUACAGAUGAGGAAACUGAGGGCCUCAGGUUGUGACUUGGUCAGUCCCAGCUUCAGCUCCUGCCAAAAGUCUUUCCUGUCCUCCUUUAAUCUUGGUGUCUUUCUCCUGAGACAGCCCCAGUUUUUCUUGUAUUUAUAUUGCUUGUACAUAGUUGCUUUCAGGAGAAGUCACAUCUCCCUCAUCCUUUCUAUCCCCAGAGCGUAGAAGAGAGCCUGAUACACUAGGCAAGUGCUGAAUAAAUGUCUGAUGACCUUGCGGGGGGGGAGGGUCUUCCCUACUGAUUGGGUCUCAGUUUUCUCAUCUGGGAAAUGGAAAGGUAGAAAUCUAGGGCUCAAAAGUCAUCCCCUUCAAUUUACAGAUGAAACUGGGACCCAGAGAGGGAAUUACAGUCUGGGAAUUAGAAGAAAUUUCAAAGGUCAUUUAGUCAAAGCCCUUCAGAGUUUUACAGCCAAGGAAACUGAGUCACAGAGAAUCUAAGCCAUUUGCCCAAAGUUCCAGAGCUCAUAAAUAUCAGAGGCAAGAUUUGAACUCAGCUCCUCAGGGGACCCCAAAUCUCUGGCCUGCUUUUGAUAUUCUGUGACCCUGAAAGGCGGCGACAAAGGAGAGGAAAGUUUCAGAGGGAAAGGGGGUGGGGAUGAGGGAGGUCCCCAAGGCGGCAGCCAGCUCCCUGCCUUCUAAGGAAAGAGGGCGGGCUCCCUGCUGGCUGAAGCCCUCGGCCGCCCAGCAGGCCCCGGGCCAGGCUACCGGGGGCUCGGGCAGGGAGCGAUAAUAAGCGCUGGCAUUCAUCGGAGGCGUCGCCCGGACUGGGCAGCCGAGCUCCAAAGGCAAGAUAAACUGACCCAGGAAUUUGGCCCCGUCCCCAGCUGUGGGGCCAGGACCAAUGGCCGGCCCGGCUCGCCGUGGCCACGCCCCCUCUGGCUGCCGGCGGCGCUCCUAAGGAGAGCCAUCGCCGGGCACUGAAAAACAGAAUGCAGGAAAGCCAGGGCUGGGAGGGGCCUGAGAACAGGAGAUGUCAGGGCUGGGAGGGGGCUUAGAACAGGGGAUGUCAGGGCUGGGAGAGAGCUUAGAACAGGGGAUGUCAGGGCUGGGAGAGAGCUUAGAACAGAGGAUGUCAGGGCUGGGAGGGAACCUAGAACAGGGGAUGUCAGGGCUGGGAGGGGGCUUAGAACAGGGGAUGUCAGAGCUGGGAGAGAGCUUAGAACAGGGGGUGUCAGGGCUGGGAGGGGGCUUAGAACAGGGAAUGUCAGGGCUGGGAGAGAACCUAGAACAGGGAAUGUCAGGGCUGGGAGGGGGCUUAGAACAGGGGAUGUCAGUGCUGGGAAGGAGCUUAGAACAGGGGAUGUCAGAGCUGGGAGGGAGCUUAGAACAGGGGGUGUCAGGGCUGGGAGGGAGCUUAGAACAGGGGAUGUCAGAGCUGGGAGGGAGCUUAGAACAGGGGAUGUCAGCACUGGGAGGGAGCUUAGAACAGGGGGUGUCAGGGCUGGGAGGGAGCUUAGAACAGGGGGUGUCAGGGCUGGGAGGGAGCUUAGAACAGGGGAUGUCAGGGCUGGGAGGGAGCUUAGAACAGGGGAUGUCAGGGCUGGGAGGGAGCUUAGAACAGGGGAUGUCAGAGCUGGGAGGGAGCUUAGAACAGGGGGUGUCAGGGCUGGGAGGGAGCUUAGAACAGGGGAUGUCAGGGCUGGGAGGGAGCUUAGAACAGGGGAUGUCAGGGCUGGGAGGGAGCUUAGAACAGGGGGUGUCAGGGCUGGGAGGGAGCUUAGAACAGGGGGUGUCAGGGCUGGGAGGGAGCUUAGAACAGGGGAUGUCAGGGCUGGGAGGGAGCUUAGAACAGGGGAUGUCAGGGCUGGGAGGGAGCUUAGAACAGGGGAUGUCAGAGCUGGGAGGGAGCUUAGAACAGGGGUGUCAGGGCUGGGAGGGAGCUUAGAACAGGGGAUGUCAGGGCUGGGAGGGAGCUUAGAACAGGGGAUGUCAGGGCUGGGAGGGAGCUUAGAACAGGGGG